CCUUCUACUCCUUGCCAUCUCAUCUUUGCUUUUUGGUCUCAUAUAGUUAAUUGUUUAAGGGAGCACAUAUUUCAUGGCGGAUAUUGUUUAUUUUACAAGCCAAUCUAUUAUUUGGCUGAAUCAACACAUUUGUUUGAGGGCCUAGAAUGCUGCUAACCAAAAGGUUGACAAUUCAAACCCACCAGUUGCUCUGCAGGAGAAAGAUGUGGCAGUCUGCUUCUGUAAAGACUUACAGCCUUGGAAACCCUAUGGGGGCAGUUCUACUCUCCCCUGAAAGAUUGCUAUGAGUGAGACUUGACUCGAUGGCAGUGGGUUUGGUUUUGGUAGAAUGUUCAAGGCAUUGUGCUGGGUGCUAGGGUUAAAGCAAUUAACUAAACAGACAUGGUACCUCCUUUUAUGGCACUUACAGUGUGGCAGAGGAGACUGUCAUAGAACCAGCCAUUUUGCAAAUAAUUAUUUAACAUUUUAUGGGUUUAAGUACUAAGAAAAAGUACUGGGGGCCUGAGACUAGUCUUGGAUCAGGGAAAACUGCCCCAAGGGAAGAAAAAUUGAAGCUGAGAUUUAUCGAAGGAAGAGAGUAUGGGGGAGCACUCCAAGCAGAGGAGGAAUAACAUUUGCAAAGACUGUGAGUUUGAAGAAGUUUGAGGGUCCUCAGUAACCAACAGACCCGACUGGCCUGUAGUCCUGACAAUAGCCCUGUGAGUUAACUCCAUUUUACAGAUGAGGAAACUUAAGUUCAGGACAUUUCAGUAAUUUGUACACGACUCACCAUUAUUAAAUGGCAGAUUUCGCGAUUUGAACCGAGGUCAGCCUGACUCCAAAAUCCUCGCUCCAUUCUUUUUCCUGAGUCACGUACCUGAGGCUUAUUGUAUUUGAAAACAUAUCUCCCUUGUCAUUUCCUAGAGGGCUUAGCAGCUCCCUCUUUGGCUAAGUGUAGAGUCAGUGAUCAGAUUCUUUACUUACACUAAGGUAAUACUGAGAUUUAACUCUUACGUGUUACAUUUACUUUUUAAACAUGUUAAUUGUUAGCUGUAAUUAAUCCCUAAUCCUUUGACUUUCAGACUGUAUAGUGGGGAAGGAAUCCUGUGGAUACUGGGGUAGAUAUUGAAACUGCAGUGCUGUUCAUGGCCCCUCGUUUAAAAAUAGCCCCUUGGUGCUCAUUAAGUCUAAUAAGUAACUGUUAUAAAAAGGAACUUAAUCUGUACUAAUGAAGUACUGUUCGUGUCUGAUUUAUCUACUGCGGUGGCAACAUCAAUAAGUGGCUGGUGGUAGAUGCUUUAGUACUGCCAACAUUUCCAUCAGCCACCACCCUUUACCUCCAGAGACUCAGAUAAGUAAAGAUUUGAGUAAUAAAUAUCAUACUUCAGCUGCAACUGCAGCCUCUUUCCACAGUCCUAGUGGUGGCUCUAGGAUAUCUAUGUAAGAGAGUAUAGAACUCCUAGAGCCACCACUGACAGUAAUGCAUUUUAUUGGAAGAGGGAAAAUAAAAAGGGUUCCAUUGCUUUAAAAAUUUGAAAACCACUAUUCUAGUUCAUGUGAUACUCAGGGAAAAUAUUUCUGAAAUGAGAAAUUUUUUUGAUCCUUCAUAUCUUCUCCCCCUACCACCUGCAUUGACCCCACUAAACAACUGUAUAAGUUGGGAAGGGAUUUUGUUAUUGUUAUUGUUAAAGCUUGUGGAAAUACUGUGAACUCAUACAGCGAAGCCUAGUACUUGAAAUCUGAAAAAAAAUCUACUGUACCUUCGUAUCUCCAGGUGAUUUUAUGAUAAAGAAAGUAAAUGAAUUUAGGCUAAAUGUCAUUUUUGUUUUAUGUAAGAAGAGAUGUUUUUAUGCAAAUACGUAGUAAAUCUUUUGUCAGAUUUUACUACGUAAAUGAUUGUUUUUCAUUUUUAAUCAACAUCAGUUUUUCUUACCUUCUUAAAUGGCACUGCACAAAUUUGUGGGGGUACUAUUUCUGGUCCUGUUCCAUUUAAAAUAGCUGAUUGUGCUUUUCAAGGAAUUUGAAGUUUGUUGUAAAGUAACUCAUAGUUGUAGGUGGAUGGAGGUUGAUGGUUCGUUCUAAUUGUUGUGCGUUUUUGUAUUUCUGUAUUUUCAGAGGAUUUCACUUCGUAGAACCCGAUUUACUUGAAAGGUGAAGUAAAUUGAUUCCCUCCCCCACGCCUCUUUGUCCUCAGUUUUAUGUGAAACACUGAUUGAAAUAAAUUUUAGCUUUCAAAUUUCUUCCUUUUUGAAAGCAAGCAGAGACAGAUUUUAGAGACCUACACUAGAAUACUUUGUCAUUAUCAUUCUACUGUUCUUUCCUUUCAAGUUGCCUAAACACAGCUGAAUUCUAAGAGGAGCAAAGAAAACAUGACAGUGCUGCCAAGUAGACAGGAAGCUGUAGUGGACCUAGUGAGCAGGGAGGCUGAGCACACCCUUUAUCCAAUCAGCUGUGAGUGCUGUUGCUAUGUGCGCUCUUACUCUGCUGCCUUUGUGAAAAACCUUACAGAGGGAAGCAGAGCAAGCACCCAACGCAGAACAUUUGUUUUAACCACUGCAGACAUCUGGAUCCCUGAGUUACUACCAGUGUAGCUCUUGACAGCCAGAAGGCAACUUCUUUUACGCAAGGAUUCCAGUAUGGUUUUCAGUGGAAACAAUGGGCUUCACAGAGAAGAUACUCUAGAUGAAUAUUUUGAAUAUGAUGCAGAGGAGUUCUUGGUGUCUUUGGCCUUGCUAAUCACAGAAGGACGAACGCCUGAAUGUUCUGUAAAAGGUCGUGCGGAAAGUUUUCAUUGCCCUCCAGCACAGUUCUGUUACCCAGUAACAACCAGACAUGAGUGCAGUGACAAGCUGGCCCAGUGUCGCCAAGCCAGACGAACCAGGUCUGAGGUCACGUUGUUGUGGAAGAAUAAUCUUCCAAUCAUGGUGGAAGUGAUGCUACUACCAGACUGCUGCUACAGUGAUGAUGGGCCCACCACAGAAGGAAUAGAUCUAAAUGAUCCUGCAAUUAAGCAAGAUGCAUUGUUAUUGGAAAGAUGGAUCUUGGAGCCGGUUCCCCGGCAGAAUGGUGAUAGGUUUAUUGAAGAGAAGACUCUUCUAUUGGCUGUCCGCUCAUUUGUGUUUUUUUCUCAGUUAAGUGCUUGGCUGAGUGUUUCUCAUGGUGCUAUUCCACGAAAUAUUCUUUACAGAAUCAGUGCUGCUGAUGUAGACUUACAGUGGAAUUUUUCCCAGACUCCAAUUGAACAUGUGUUUCCUGUUCCCAAUGUUUCUCACAAUGUGGCCUUGAAAGUCAGCGUUCACUCCUUGCCCAGACAAUCUAAUUACCCAGUUUUGACCUGUAGUAUUCACACUAAUAUUGGCCUUUAUGAGAAAAGAAUUCAAGAACAUGAACUUAAAACCUAUCAACACCGCAAUUCUAAUGAAGUAGAACAAUGUACAAACAGUUCACAGCAUCUGUGUAGCAAACAAACUUGGACCAUGGCACCCGAAAGCAUGUUACAUGCAAAAAAUGACACAACUCCAGAAUAUACUACAGCUGUCAAAAAUGUCAAACUAUAUCCAGGCACUGGCAGUAAAUCUGACUACGGAGCAUCGCAAGCUAAUAUUCUGGGCUUCAGUGGUAUGGAAGAUGUAAAGUCACAAACGUCAGUGAGAACUUUAAAAUCAUUUUCAUUAAUUGAUCCCAGUGUCCCAAGCCACCAGAGUUCCUGGCAGUCAGUUGGUGAGACUAAUCCCUUAAUAGGCUCUUUAAUUCGGGAACGACAAGAUGUUAUUGCAAGAAUUGCUCAGCAUUUGAUUCAUUGUGAUCCAAGUGCUUCACAUGUUUCUGGACAUCCACUUAAUACCCAAGAGUCUAGUUCACUUAAUUUAAAACUUUUCCAGGUUUCACAAGAAAAUGAAAAUGUGAGGAAGUAUAAGGAAACUUUCUCCAUUUCUUUUGGUUGUCCUGAGUUUACCUCCCCAGAAGACACCAGUGAGGGGAAAAUUCGAGUAAAACCAGAAACUCCUCAAAGUGAAUCUUGCAUUUCUAAUAGGCAUUCUUCUCGUCAGUCCAUUGGUGACACUAAUCCUUUGAUAGGCUGCUUACUCCAGCAGCGGCAGGAUGUCAUUGCAAGGAUUGCUCAACACUUAGAACACAUUGACCCAAGGGCAUCACAUAUCCCCCGGCAGUCAUUCAGCAUGUGUGACUCCAGAUUGGUUCCUUCUAAAACUUGUAGGAGUUCAUAUGAAGACAAAAAUUUGUUGAAGAAAAACAAGGAUGACAUCUCAGUUUCCAUUUCUAACCCAAAAUUUUCAUUGUUAGAAGACAGCAAUGAAAGAAAAAACCUAAUACCUGAUAAAUCUUUUAGUUCUUUUAAAUGCAGUGGUAAAUUGAAGUCCUCUUUGAAACCUCAAAUAAGAGGAAAUCAGCACCAGGAAAAUCCUAGUGAAAUCAUCCAAACUACAUUUCAGGAGACACAGAAUAAAGCUACUAAUUUAUUAACUUCCUCAAAUGUGUCUCCUUGCAAAGAAAAUAACUUAGAUUUGUCAAGUAGGUUGGAAAAUACACUUUCUGGGUAUCAAUUUAAGGAGCAAGAAACGAGCAGUGAAAUUGAUAAACAGUAUUCAAAUUGCAACAGUACUGACAAACAGCUUUGCAUGAAUAAAUAUAAGGAAAAAAUGACAAUAAAUGAAAAUUGUCAUCCAGAAUCUUUUAACAGUCACCAAAUUGACUCUAAAGUAAAAGUUACUAUCCUGGAAAUGUCAGAAUAUCUGCACAAACAUAACAAUAAAUGCUCAAAUGGUGACUCAAAAAGGCCUAAGACGUGUGAGAAAGAUACUCAACUUAAUAGUACAGAAAAUUAUUGCAAUAAAGAUAAUGAAGGUUUCAAAUGCAAAAAGCCAGACCAGUUAAAAAAUGAACAAGAUAAGAAUGAAGACUCAACUGAUGAAAAAUCUCGAAACUUUUCUGAGAGAAAGGGUAUAAGAGACUGUUUGUCUACAUGUGAACGACUGAAAAGUAUAGAGGCACUGAGGAGUAUACCACUGAAACAUUCAAACGUCUGGCAAAAACAUAAUUUUCGUUCCUUGGAUGGAACUUCAACCAGGGCCUUCCAUCCUCAAACUGGAUUGCCUCUUCUUUCAAGUCCUGUUCCUCAAAGAAAAACACAGUCAGGUUGCUUUGAUCUGGAUUCAUCAUUACUGCAUCUGAAAAGCUUAUCAUCUAGAAGUCCUCAACCAUGUUUAAACAUUGAAGAUGAUCCAGAUAUUCAUGAAAAACCAUUUCUAAGUUCUAGUGCUCCACCUGUAACAAGUCUUAGUCUUCUAGGAAAUUUUGAGGAAUCUGUCUUGAACUAUCGUUUAGAUCCUCUCGGCACUGUUGAUGGUUUUACUGCCGAAGUAGGGGCAAGUGGUAUUUUCUGCCCUACACAUUUGACUCUUCCAGUUGAAGUGUCAUUCUACAGUGUUUCAGAUGAUAAUGCUCCCUCUCCUUAUAUGGGUGUGAUUACUUUAGAGUCCCUUGGUAAAAGGGGUUAUCGAGUACCUCCUUCAGGAACAAUACAAGUGACCUUAUUUAAUCCUAAUAAGACUGUGGUGAAGAUGUUUGUUGUGAUAUAUGACUUACGAGAUAUGCCAGCCAAUCAUCAGACAUUCCUACGACAAAGAACUUUUUCUGUACCUGUUAAACAAGAAAUGAAGAGAAGUGUUAAUAAAGAGAACAUCCAACAUGCAGAAGAACGGUUAUUACGCUACCUCAUACAUCUGAGGUUCCAGAGUUCUAAAUCUGGAAAGAUCUACCUCCAUAGAGAUGUACGGCUCCUGUUCUCUAGAAAGUCAAUGGAAGUUGAUAGCGGUGCUGCAUAUGAACUCAAAUCUUACACUGAAUCUCCAACAAACCCUCAGUUUUCACCACGAUGUUAAUAAGGAGUAACAAUUUAAAGUGUUUGCUCAGUACCCACGUUUGAAAGUAAAAAUUAGCAUAGAACAGAGUGUACCAAAUUAACAUCUAGGAGAGUGGAUCCUCUCCUGUUGUCCUGGACCAGUUUUUAUUAAAGGAUUUCUGGAGUGAGAUCCACAUAUUCCAAGUAAACUGGAAAAACUCAUGUCCUAAUCCUUUUUGUACUGUUGAAGCCACUUCAUUGGACAUGUUGCAAUAGCAAAACCCCAAGUUAGGUUAGUGUUUACACAUUUCUCAGUUAUUUAAUAUUUAAUGUUUCCCUUAAUACUCAAGUGAUGUUUGUCUCUAGUGUUCUAAUGUAGCACAAAUCCUAUGUAAAAUCAUACUAUGUAUUUUUGACAUUAACAUUGAAAUCUGAAAUAUAUGCACAAGUCUUUAACUUUGUGUGAUGCGUUUUAAGUGCUGUUCAUUUAAGUUAUUGAAAAUGAGAAUGAAAUUGCUGAGCUUCUUUAAGAUUAACGCACUAUGCAAGCAUGUGUACCUUCAUUUUUGUUUUUACCAGACCCCAUCCAGGUUACUGUCUCACCUAGUAGUCCUUUAACAUGCUGCAUUAGCAGUGCAAUGUGGACUAAGCUGCUUCACAUUCUCCUUGAAAGUUCAAAUCAUCAUGCCCAUUCAUAUUCCUUCUAGAAUCCCUUUUCCCAAAAGCAGUUCUGUUUUUCCUUUGUGACUUUACAUUAUACUAUAGUGUAUACUAUAGUGACUUUACAUUAAAUUGCUGUCCCAUGCUAGAUAACUUUCUCAAAUUGUUAAACAAAUAUGUACUUUGAAAACAAAUUAGUAUUUAUAUUGUAAAUAUAUACAAAAA